AUGGUCCCAACGGAUACAGAUUGGAAUGCCCCCGACGAUUUAUUCUCGUUUACCCGUGGUCGUUUCGUACUAGACGAAGCAGACCAGAUUGCUAGCCGUCACAUCAGGUUUAACAUGAAUGAGCUCGCCCGUAUUGCUGCUGAGUCGGUAGGGGCAAAAGUUUGUGUUGCCGUUGAAAAGUGCCCUGAUGGCAUGUAUAAUAAGAGUUUUGUUCUAGCGAUGGAUAAUGGGCAAGAGGUCAUUGCCAAGGUACCCAACCCGAAUGCUGGCAUCUCUCACCUUACCACAGCGAGCGAAGUAGCUACUAUGGACUUUGUGCGCAACGUACUUGGAACACCCACCCCGAUAGUGUAUUCUUGGGAUUCUCGUGCUACGAACUCAGUAGGAGCUGAGUAUAUAAUUAUGGAAAAAAUGCCUGGAGUCCAGCUCAGUCAAGUUUGGGACAAUAUGAAACUUGUUGAUAAGAUGAAUCUUCGGCUUGAUGUAGCUCGUUAUCAGUCUACUUGGCUGUCCGUUACGUUCUCACGGUUUGGCGGACUUUACUAUGCCAAAGACCUGGAAAACGCGCAGCGGGAGAAAUAUCUUUACCGUGAUAACAAGGGCGAUAAAAUUUGGGACGAGCGUUUCGCAAUUGGCCCUACCACCGGCCGGGAUUGGUAUGACUGUGGAAGGUCGCUUUUGAGUUGGCACUCUGUGUACGAUUACUAUAAAGCGAUUGGGCUUCGCGAGAAGCUAGCAAUUUCAACGCUAAAGACAUUGCCAAAACAAACUGUAAUGGUGUGCGGUCCGGGUCUAUAUCAGCCCGAACGCAGCAAAAAGUUAUCCGCAGUCGAAGAGUACCUCCAAAUUUAUGACGCUCUUCUCCCUACCGAGAGUAAGAAUAUUACAACACCUUGUCUCUGGCAUGAUGAUCUCCACGACGAGAACAUAUUCGUUGAUCCAAAAGAUCCCUCCAAACUUGUUGGGAUUAUUGACUGGCAGUCCGUCAGCCUUUUACCGUUACUUGAUCACAGUCCAGACCCUGUGUUCAUUGACUAUAGUGGCCCAGAACCAGAGACUUUAGACCGCCCUGAACUUGAGAAUAUCGAAGGUCUUUCGGAAACAGAGAAAACAGAAGCAAUCAGUCAAUAUUAUAAAAAAGCUCUCUUCGUCGCCUCCCGAAAAAUCGCAUUAAAGAAGACUCCGGCAGCUUAUGAGGCUAUUAAAUACCGUCGAACGGAGGGUUUUGAUUUACUUGUGCUAGCCCGUCGCCUGCUAGAAUUUGGUGAAGCACAUUUUCAUGCCCUAACCAUAGGUUUACGCGAUGCAUGGCCUGAGCUGCCAGCAAAUAAUUCUUCAAACCCCCGACGGCCUUUUCCCAUUAUAUUUGAUGAUAGGCGUUUGGCAGAGAUCGAAAAGGAUGGUGAAAAGGCAGUACGUGGAAUGCAGAUCAUGAGCGAUUUCAAAGCCCGAUUAGGGCCGCUCUGGCCUGAUAAAAACGCAGUUGAGCACGGAAAAUAUAAAGCCGCCAAGGUUGCACUUCGAGCACUAAAGGAGGAGGUAGUGCAAGAGUUUGGGAAAACCGAAGAAGAUAAGGCAGAGCUGGCGCGACAAUGGCCAUUUGACGACUAA